GCCGGAAGUGCCGCGCUCAGGGAGACGUGUCGGAGCGGCGGGCCCGGAGCAGGAACCGGGAGCCGGGGCACCCGGAGAACCAGGCAGGAGCGAGAGCCGGGACACCGGGAGAACCAGGAUGAUCACGGACGUGCAGCUCGCCAUCUUCGCCAACAUGCUGGGCGUCUCGCUCUUCCUCCUCGUCGUCCUCUACCACUACGUGGCCGUCAACAACCCCAAGAAGCAGGAGUGAGGGAGCCCCGCUGCGGGCCCGCUCCCGGUGCCGCCGCCCGCUCCCUCCCGCGGGGAUGCCUCGGCGGGGCCCCGAGAGAGGCGAGGCCGAGCUUCUUCCAAACCAGCUUUAACAGAAACACCAUGAUACACGACAAACC